AUGAAAUCUUCAGAUCAGCAUUAAUAAAAUUCAGUUGGUUGGCUUUUAAAUUUAGUAGGUAAGUUUUCUUAAAAAGAUCUGGAAAAAUCAAAUUUAAAAGAAAUUGGAGAAGAAUAUAUGAAAAAGAUAUUACUCUAUCCUUAACUUUAAUCAGGAAAUGUUUUUACUUACAAUUCAUAAAAAUAAGAAUUCACUGAGAAAUUCUUUCAUAUAUAUCCUAAUAUCCUAAUAUGUUAACAUGAUAAAAUUCAUACUCAUUUAAUUUUGAGUAAUUGCAGUAUUUAAAAAGAGUUAAUCCAAUAUAAAGAAUCUAAAACUUAUGGAUUAAUUAUUUCAAAUAAUUUAGGAAAUACUUAUUUAUUCUUUUCAUAAUUUAUUUAAUAUAGAAAUUGGUAUAAAUUAAUGAAAUAAUAUUGUAAAUUGAAUGAUUUUUUUGGAAAAUACAAAUUAACUGAUAGAAUGUUGCCAGGGAUUUAUCAAUGUUACAAGAAAUCUGUAAGAUAUUUUAAUCAUCAAUAUAGAAUAAUGCUUUAUUUACAGUUUAAAUUUAUAAAAUGGAAGAUUUUGAACAAUGGCCUGAAAUAGAAGAAGUUGUUCAUAAUGAAAUAUAAAUGCUACGAUCUAUUAAACAUUAAAAUUUAUUACAGUUAAGAAGAGUUUAUGAAGAUGAUUCAUAUUUAUUUAUCCUAUAUGAACAUUUUAAAGGAGAGUCACUUUAUAAUUUAAUAAUAACAAAUCCAUUACACGAAGUUCAAAUAGCUUCAGUAAUUAGUAUAUCUAUUAAUUUAGAUUGUUUAUUAGAUUUUACAACUAUUAAAAUUUUUAGAUAAACACUAAUUUUAUCAUGGAAAUUUAAAUCCUCUAAAUAUAAUUAUUAAUUCUAAUAAUUAACUUCUUUAAAUAUUUUUAAUUAACUUAUCUUUCAAAGUAACAAAUGUAUUUAUGAAUAGUAAUAUAGAAUAAAUGAUAAACUAGAUUGGAUUUUAAAUAGAUAAAUUGAAGGUUUCAUAGCACCAGAGUUUUAUAAUGGAGUACCACCAAAUAUUGCUUCUGAUUUAUAUAGUUUAGGAGUUUUGCUCUAUUUUAUGACAUUUCCAUCAUAAUUACCAAAUGAAAAACAUUUUGAUAAAUAUGAAAUUGACACUACUAAAAUUUAGAAAUUAUUAUAGAAAAAAUUGUCCUAAAUUCCUAAUGAAGGAAUAUCUCCACUUGAUAAAUCAUUAGAAAAAAACAUUAGUAUGAGUGAAUUGGAUUUAUUAUUAAAAUUAUUAGAAUCUAAUCCUAGUAUUUAUUUCUUAAAAAAUAGAGCAAAGAAUUACUAUUUCUGAUAGUAUGAAACAUCAUUGGUUUGUGAAUAUUAAGAGUAAAAUUAAAUAGUUGAAUGUUGUUAAAAAGAAAAAGGUGGAGCUGCCUUCGUUAAGAACAAUAAUAGAAUUAAGAUCUUAAAGUGAAUUGGAUCUAAAGGUUUAAUCUUAAUUAUCAAAUAACCGACGACAAUCUAAAUUAACUGUAAAUUAAGUUGAUGAUUUUGAUGUAGGUAAUCUAUUAAAAUAUUAAAGUUAGUUCCUGAUGAAGGACAUCCUUUAGAGUAGGUUGCUGAUUUGGAUUUUUGUUAGUUAUUAAGAAGCAGUACUUAAUUAAGAAAAUUAUAAACACUAAGUAAUAAAUCUAUUGGAUGA